AUGACGACACGGCAGCGAAACGAGCAGCGGCCGGACGACGACGACGACGAUGACGGCGGCGGCGACGGUGACGAUGACGAUGCGGUUUCGCGGUCGCCGCCUCCACCACCGCCACCACCUCCACCGCCGCUAUCACCAGAACCGCCACCACCGCCGCUGCCACCACCGUUGCUGCCGACGGCACCACCGCCGGCGCCGCGAUCUCCGCCGUCACCGGCUCCACCGUCUCCGCCACCGACCGUACGACCGACACCGGAAGACUUGGCGGCCGGAGGGUCUGUUGCGUCCGCAGCCGUGGCCGCUGCGGCUGCCAAGUUGCGGCCGGCCGAGUCGCUGAUGCUGAGCCCGUCGCUGUACUACAAACGUCUGUUGGCCGCAAACGUGGCCGCCACUUUCGGCAAAGCCGUCAAGGCGCACCACCAACAGCAGCAGCACCACCAACAGCUGCAACAGCAACAGUUACAAUUGCACCCCCACGUCCACCACGGCGUCGGUGGCCAUCACCACGUCACCGCGCUGCACAACGCACACGGAUUGCACUUGCAGGCGGCCGCGGGUCACCAUCACCAACAUCAACUCGUGGGCCAUCUCCAGCCGCAGCAGCAGCAACCGUCCGCCACCACCGCUGCCGCCGCCGGCGAUAGAUCCGCUGGCGCCUGCACGUCCGGUGACGACGACGAAGACGACGGUGACGACGACGACGACGACGAUGACGACGACGAUUGCGACGACGAGGACGACGACGCGGACAGCGGCGGACACCAUCACAAAAUCGGCGGUGUGGAGAAGGCGGCUUUCCUGUGGCCGUCGCCGGAGCAACAGGCACAGCAGCAGCAACAACAACAGCAGCAGCAGCAGCAGCAGCAACAGCAGCAGCAGCAACAGCAACAGCAGCAACACCAACAACAGCAACAGCAGCAGCAGCAACAACAGCAGCAGAAUAACCUCGCCGCGGUCGGUGGUCAGACCUUGGGCCCCGGCGCCGGUGGCCUGAACAACAACAACAACAACAAUAGUAGCAGCAACAACAACAACAACAGCAGCAGCCACCUGAACGGCAACAAGUGUGGCGUCGGCGGUGCCGGGUCGGUCGUCCACCCGCAACACCUACAGCAGCAAGGUGGCGCGGCCACCGGGGCGGGCGGCACCGGACUGGUGCACUGGAUGUCCAUGAUGGCCGAGCACAUGAACAACGCCGCGGCCACACAUCACCACCACCAUCACCCGCAUCACCAUCAUCACCCGGCCGAUCCGGCAAACGCCAUGCACUACAUGUGGAAUACGCCAGCCGUCGACGUGGUGAGUAACGACAUUUAA